AUGAAGCUUACGUUCAAGGAUUUGAAGCAAGAGAAGUUCGUGAUUGAGGUUGAGCCAUCCGAGACUGUUCGACAAGUCAAGGAGAAGAUUGCUCAAGAAAAAGAGGAAUAUGCUGCGGACCGGAUGAAGGUGAUCUACUCGGGCAAAAUCCUGCAAGAUGACAAGACUGUUGAGUCUUACAACAUCCAAGAGAAGGAUUUCCUAGUCUGCUUGCCCGCCAAGCAACCCAAGGCCUCUUCGUCUGCUGCCUCUUCGGCUCCCUCAACCCCUGCUGCCAGAGCUCCUGCAUCGACCCCCGCCGCCCCCGCCCCGGCGGCUCCUGCGCCGGCCGCUCGCUCGAACCCUGCCGUUCCCGCGACCCCAUCUCCUGCUGGUGCCGGUGCUACACAAUCCGGUGAUGCCGCUGCUUUUGGUGAUCCUUCCGCAUUGGCAAUGGGUGCGGCUGCUGAGGGAGCAAUGACCCAGAUGGAGGCUAUGGGAUUUGAAAGGCCCAUGGUGGAGCGAGCUAUGCGCGCAGCAUUCUUCAACCCAGACCGGGCUAUUGACUAUCUGCUGAACGGAAUCCCCGAGAGCGUCCAGCAGGAGCAGCAACAACGCCAGCAACAGCAGGAGCAGCAGCAACAAGGUGCUUCUCUCGGCCAGACUGCUGCUGCCACUGGUGGAUCUACUGGUGGUGGUGAGCCCUAUAACAUGUUUGAGGCUGCUGCCCAGGCUGGCGAUGGUGGCCGUGGUGCUCGUUCCGCUGGCACUGGCGGUGCUGACGCUGCUAGUCUGGAUUUCCUUCGAAGCAACCCUCACUUCCAGCAACUCCGCCAGCUUGUACAGCAACAACCCACCAUGCUUGAGCCUAUUCUCCAGCAAGUCGCCCAGGGUAAUCCCCAGAUUGCCCAGCUUAUCUCGCAGAACUCGGAAGCCUUCCUGCAGCUUCUGGGUGAGGACAUUGGCGACGAGGACGAGGAAUCGCUGCCGCCUGGUGCACAGGUUCUUUCGGUCACAGAGGAGGAGCGGGAUGCCAUUGAGCGUCUGUGCCGUUUGGGCUUCCCCCGGGAUUCUGUCAUCCAGGCAUACUUCGCGUGCGACAAGAACGAAGAGCUCGCAGCCAAUUUCCUUUUCGACCAGCCGGAUGACGACGAAGAGUAA